AGCAGCCUCCAACAAACACCACCAAGACGUGUUUGGCAUCAAUUGCCUUGUCGAAGAUUAAAAAAUGGACCAAAAGUGGAUUCAUAUGCUGAUGAUGCUGGUGUUUUAUCAAGGGGUGAGCUCAGGAGUUGUUGUAGACGUGACACCAAAGGAAGGGGAUCCGGUUGAGAUAUCGUGUACUCCUCCACUUGGGGGCACCUUGGUCAUCUGGCUUCGAGUCCUGGACACACCUGACGUUGAAUUCAUAGGAUCUUUCGCACCGUCAAGCGGGACUGAGAAGGAAAAGAUCCCUGACAGAUUCGAUAUCUCAAAGGCUUCCCACGAUAAACUAACCCUGAGGUCAUUCAAAAAGAACGAGAGCGGCAUUUACACCUGUGCGACUCUCAAAAGUAACGCACUGCAUUUUGGCCGAUUAACCCGACUGGUUGUAGGUGAGUUUCCUCAAAUCGUGACUGUAGCACCGCCGAUCACCACCUCCAAAAAAGAUGAAGCCAAGACCACCACAGCGUGCGUUUGUAAUACUUCUACUAAGUCAGGGGGAAGCGGUUUUUCCACCUUUUGUAAUCCAAUCAUACUGGGCGCACUGGCUGGCAGCUGCGGCCUUCUUCUGCUGCUCCUCAUCAUCAUCAGCGUGUACUGCAGCCGAAUAAGGACCCGGAGAUGUCCACAUCAUUACAAAAGAAAGCCCCGGACGCCAGCUCCUGGAAAACAAAUGAUGGCCAACAGACACGUUUAAUGUCAAAGGUGCAGUUUCACAGUCCAUGCUAUUUUACAGCCAUGUGUUCUUGUUGCAGAAAUCAUUUUUCAUCAUCAAUUUAACGACAAAUUCAUGGUAAAUAAUUUGUUGUCACCUUGUGUGCGAUAGAAAACACGAAAGUGUUUAAAUUGGUUGAAGUGUUAAACACAGUAAGUUGUUUUUAAAGUUCUUUAGUGUCAGCAUUGAGUUUUAACUGCAUUGUGGUUAGACGGCCGGCAGCGCAGCGCUGUUUGUACACAUGCACAUUUAAGUCUUUAUCAAACUGCAAUGAAAUAUGAUAUGAGAUGUUGAGUGAUCGGAUUACCAUGAAUGUUGAAAAUAUAAAUCACUUAAAUCCUGAGAAUAUUUGCAUUUUAUGAAGUUAAUGCAAAAAUUGCACAUAAGUCAUUUUACUUUUCAUUC